AUGUUGGAUGCGUGGAAUAUCAGGCUAGAAGAUUCAGGCGACUUGGAUUUCCUGCGUCGCGCGUCCCCAGAUUUCGUCAUCGGACAGACUGUACAGCAGAGAGUUAUCAACCUUCCGGCACUUCGGCCCAACAUCGCUAUUCAGACCAUCCAAGCUCCGUCGCCAAAUAUUACCUUCCAGACUAUGCAGACCCCCCAGCCUGCUGCUCCCCUCAUGCAACCUGAACUUCCUAAGCGACUCAGAUUUCGUGAUCAGUGGGGCAAUAUCGUCGAAGAGCGUGACGAGACAGAACAGGAGAAGAGUGAUAGAGAAUUUCAGGAAUGGAAGGAGAAGUUUGGCAUCAAGUAG